AUGCACCUCCUGCCUGCUAUCCCAUCCUGGCUCCCGGGCCCUGCCUUCCUCUGGCACUCUCUGUGGCUUCUCUCUCUAGCUGUGAAGGACUCGGGCACUGCUCCGGUGUUAUACGGGCACGUCUCUGAAAACUCUCUGCCCGGCAGCCAAGUGGCCGGCCUCAGCAUCCCUGGCCGCAGGCUCUGCCCUGUGCAGCCCGCCGGGGCCAGGCUGCGGUUUGAGCUCGGCGGGGACGGGAACUCGCUUUUCCGCCUCUACCACGCCGGUGGCAACGUCCUGCUCAGAACGGCAGCACCUUUGGACCGUGAGGUGAGAGCUGGCUACCUCCUGAAGCUGAGCUGCUUCUCGCCGACCCUUGGCUGCCCUGACAGCUCAAAGUGCACCUCAGCGCUGGUGAAAGUGAGAGUCGGUGAUGUGAACGACAACAGGCCGGUGUUCAGUGCAGAGCAAGUCCUGAGGCUGGAGGUGGACGAAAUGACUCCUGUGGGAUCAGAGAUCGCCCGUGUCACCGCCACGGACAGAGAUGAAGGGAGGAAUGCUGAGAUCAUCUAUCGCUCCGUCCCGCAGAUCCCUCAGCUUUUCGUGGUUCCGGGGACUGGGCAAAUCCUGCUUGUGGGCUCUCUAAUGGGGAUGGAGCCCCUCAAGCUGUCAGUUUACGGCCAGGAUAAAGGGGCGAGCGCCCAGCUCAGCGAGCCCCUGACAGUGCUGCUCAAUGUCAAGCCCAGGAGUGUGGGGGUUCCCGGUGGCGGGCGAAAAGCUCGCUCCGUGCCCGAUGAGAUGUUUUACUCGGUGACUGUGCCUGAAGAGGACAAAGUCGGCAAUGUCAUUUACACAGUGCCCGACUGGAAGUUUGAGCGGCGACAGUUUGAAGUGAUCGCCCCAGCCGAUGCCCCGGUUCAGAUCGAGAGGGACUCCGGCAAAGUGUAUUUAUCAAAGAGACUUCGCGGCAAAUCCACCAUCCAGAUAACUGUCAAAGUUAACAAUCAGAAAGGUGAAGACUGGUACCUAUCCCAUUUGACCAUCAAUGUGUUGAGGGAAAGCUUUCCAGAGUGGACUAUGCAGCUGUUCCCCUAUCUAACGGUGGUAUCUUCAGAUGCUCACAAGGGUACACCUGUUUUCCAGCUUUCUGCAUGGGAUGAUUCAGACCAUUCCACUGAUGGAAUAGAAUACUACUUAACAGAAGGAGGAGAAGAGAGAUUUGAAGUUGACAAGAAUUCAGGCAUCAUCAGGACCACUGGCUCAACUCUGCUCAGACGCAAUGAAUAUGUGUUAACUGUGCUGGCUGUCAAUAAGCGGGGAAACAAAGGCCCUCCUGCAUCUAUUUUCAUUCUGGUUGGCUCCAGACCCCCACAGUUUACCAAUGUGUCCUACAGUGUUUUUGUUUCUGAAAAUACCCCAGCUGGACAACCAUUGACAGUUGUAGAAGCCAUUUCAUUCCAGAGGAAGCCUCUGUCAUAUUCCUUGCUGAUCAAUCCCAGCAGCUUGUUCAGUAUCAACCAGGAGAAUGGGGAGCUGAGCCUGAUACACAGCAUUGAUUUUGAAAGUGAACAUCACCUCUACCAUUUGCUGGUGCGGGUAUUGGAAGCUGGCACAGGGCUCAGCAGUGUCACUGAGGUGGUAAUUCACAUCACUGAUGAAAAUGACUGUACCCCAGAGUUCCUGCAUUCUAUCUACAGUCGUGACAACAUUCCUGAAAGCGUCCCCAUUGGCACCUCUUUAUUGCAAGUGCUGGCACAGGAUUGUGACACUGGCCUCAAUGCGGAGAUUUCCUACUUCUCUCAGGGUGCAGAGUUUGCCAUUACCCCUCAGGGACUCAUCAGCUCAAAGCAACAACUGGACUAUGAGCGACCCAACCACAUGUACGAAUUUAUUGUUGCAGCCGUAGACAAAGGCCAUCCCCCUCGGACUGGAACAGCAUCAGUGAGGAUCAGGAUGACUAACAUCAAUGAUGAAGCCCCUGUAUUUUCACAGAACAUAUAUAAGUCAUUUCUUUCUGAGGAUGCUGGACCUAAUAGUCUGGUUGCUACAGUUCAUGCAAAGGAUCCUGAUGGUGACAGUGUUAUCUACACAAUCACAGGAGGGAACCAAGAGAAGAAUUUUGAGCUAGACAAUCAGAAAGGUAUUAUUAAACUUCGUAGAAGCCCAUUGCCAAAGCUACAAGGACCUCAGUAUGUGCUGAACAUCACAGCAACAGAUGACAACACCUCAGGAGGGUCCACAUCCCUCAGCAGCAUUGCUCAAGUCAUUGUGGGAAUCAAUGAUGUAAAUAAUAACAAGCCAGUUUUUUCAGAGUGCCUAAAAUAUAGUGAAGAUGCCUGUGUCUUGGAAAACCAACCCCCUGGAACAUUUGUAUUACAAGUCAAGGCCUAUGAUGCCGAUCUUGGAGUGAAUGGACAGGUGAAAUAUGGACUCAUGGUUCGAGAUGGAGUUACUCCAGGUUUUCAUAUUAAUCCAGAUACUGGAUCUAUUACGACAACACAGAGUUUCGAUAGAGAGAAUCAGCGAGAAUACACUGUGUCAGUAACAGCAACAGACCAGGCCCAGGAGCCACUGAUUGGCAUUUGUCAGAUGAUCAUACUCAUAGCUGAUGAAAAUGAUAAUGACCCAAAAUUCGAGAACAGUCGUUACCAAUACUACUUGCGUGAAGACACACCAGUUGGCACCAGUUUCCUGCGUGCAGCAGCUCAUGAUGACGACCAUGGAAUCAAUGCAGUCAUUACUUAUUCUAUAUCCCAGCAGCAGCCCGAAUACUUCCAGAUCAGUCCCAGCACAGGCUGGAUUUAUGUCAACCAUCCCAUUUCUCAGAUCGCUCAUAUCAGCCGUCAAAUUAUUGCAACUGACGGAGGCAAUCGAAGCAGUAGCGUAGAACUAACAGUUACCAUCACUAAUAUACAUAACCAACCACCCCAGUGGGAGCGAGAAGAAUAUCAAAUAACAAUCCCAGAGAAUACUACUCGUGACUUGAGGAUUGUGACUAUCAAGGCAACAAGUCCCCUUGGGGACCCAAGAGUUACAUACAACCUGGAAGAGGGUCAGGUUCCAGAAACAAACAUGCCAGUCCGAUUCUACCUGAAACCCAAUCGUUUGGAUGGAUCUGCCUCCAUUUUAGUGGCAGAACCACUGGAUUUUGAGGGAACAAAGUUUUUCACACUUAGAGUCAGGGCUCAGAAUGUGGCUGCAGUUCCAUUAGCCUCCUUUACCACCAUUUUUGUCAAUGUGACAGAUGUGAACGACAAUGUUCCUUUCUUUACCUCAUCCACUUAUGAGGCUACAGUCCCUGAAGGUGCUGCAGUUGGCAUGUCAGUUGUGCAGGUAUCGGCAACUGACCUGGAUUCAGGACGUCAUGGGAAGAUUAAUUAUGCUAUAGUGAAGGAUCUCAGUGGAGACAACCAUUUCUUCAGCAUUGAUUUUGAAACAGGAGUGAUAUUCACACAGACAUCCUUUGACAGAGAGGUGAAAGGGUCCUACCUGAUAGAGGUUCAAUCUCAAGACAACUCCGAGUCUGCUAGGCCUGGCAUGCAUGGACAGCCCAACACAGACACAGCAUAUGUGAGGAUUUUUGUCAGUGAUGUGAAUGACAAUGCACCAGUCUUCCCACAGGAAACUUAUGCAACAAGCGUAGAUGAGGACAAGGAUGUUGGGUUUGUUGUUAUUACAGUUUCUGCAAAUGAUGGAGAUGAAGGGGCAAAUGCUAAACUGAGGUAUCAGAUCACCUCAGGAAAUGUUAAAGGAAUGUUCGAUGUAGAGCCAGAAGUUGGAACAAUCUUUAUUGCUCAGCGGCUAAAUUAUGAACAGGAACAAUACUAUGAACUGAGGCUUGUGGCUUCAGAUGGAAAGUGGGAAAACCAAACAUUAGUGACUGUCAAUGUCAUCAACAAGAAUGAUGAGGCACCGAUCUUUACAAAGAAUGAAUAUCAUGACAGUGUUAUGGAGGAACUCUUUGACCUGCCAGUUUUUGUUCUACAGGUUUCAGCUACUGACCCAGAUCAGGAAGCAGACCAGAAUGCCUUGCGUUAUUCUCUCCAUGGGCAAGGGGCUAACAGUGAAUUUACCAUUGAUGAGCUCACUGGUAAAAUCUACGCAAGAAAAAGAUUAGACCGCGAGGAACGAUCCAUCUGGCGCUUCCUUGUUCUCGCCACUGACGAAAAUGGUGAAGGACUCACUGGCUUUUCUGAUGUAAUUGUCGAGGUGCGUGAUGUGAAUGACAACCUGCCACUCUUUCUAUGUGCUUCUGAUGGCUGCUUCAUUGGAUAUGUCCCAGAAAAUUCCCCAGCAGACACAUCUAUUAUGGAGAUGAUUGCAACAGACUUGGAUGACCCCAAGAUUGGGAAAAAUGCAGUAUUGACAUAUAGAAUUAUCCAGAAUGUUCGAAAUGAAAUCAACCUCAACCUGUUUUCCAUCAAUUCUUCCACUGGCACUAUAUACACUGUGUUGGGUUCUCUGGACAGAGAGAAAGAAGACAGAUAUCUAGUUGUGAUAGAAGCUCGAGAUGGAGGUGGGUUGACAGGGACGGGGACAGCCACUAUUUUAGUUACAGAUGUGAACGAUCAUGCUCCAGUCUUCACACAAAGUCUCUUCAGAGCAAAGAUUUCUGAAAAUACUGAGAUCAACAGUGAGAUUCUUGUUGUAUCUGCCACUGAUGUUGAUGAGGGAGAAAAUGCCAUAACGACUUUCAGUAUCGUGGACGGCGACGAAGAUCAUAAAUUUUUCAUUGAAACAAAUCAAGUCAAGAAGUGUGGCCUGAUCAAGUUAAAGAAAAAGCUCGAUUAUGAGAAGUCUCAUGAGAGAAGGUUCAAUUUAACUAUUAAAGCAGAAGAUGUGGACUUUUUCAGCGUAGUCACCUGUAUCAUUGAUGUGGAAGAUUAUAAUGACCACACUCCAAUCUUCUUUCCACAGUUUUAUGAAGCUGAUCCAUUGCUGGAAGAUGUCUUCAUUGGUACUAGAGUUGUCCAGGUAACGGCAGUCGAUUUGGAUUCUGCUCAGAAUGGAAAGUUUACCUACAACAUCACAAGAGAUUCAGAUCCACUUGGGCAGUUUUCUGUGGAUAGCAAUGGAUGGGUUACAAUAGCCAGUGCUCUGGAUCGUGAGUUAAUGCCACAGCACCACCUGGUGGUGCUGGCCACUGACCUGGGAAAUCCAGCUCUGACGGGCAGUGCAGCUGUCAUUUUAACUGUCCAUGAUGUCAAUGACAAUGGGCCAGAAUUUGAGGUUCCUUAUACACCGAUUGUCUGGGAAAACACAGCUGCACCCCAAGUAAUCCAGUUAAAUCGAACAUCAAAGUUAAUCUAUGCUAAAGACAAAGAUAGCCCAGUGAAUGGAGCUCCCUUCUCAUUCAACAUACUAACUCAACACGGUAAUACUUCUGGCUUUGCUUUGAAAGAUUUUGGCAAUGGCAGUGCUGGACUCACAGCUCUCCGUAUGUUUGACAGAGAGGACCAAAAGAUCUUUUACCUGCCGGUGAUUAUUACUGACAGUGGAUUCCCGCCCAUGAGUUCCACAAGUACUUUAACCGUCACCAUUGGAGAUGUGAAUGACCAUCCCCACUCAGCUGGUUGCAUGGAAUUUCUGGUUUAUAAUUACAAUGGUCUACUUGGUACCACUGAGUUAGGAAAGGUACAAGUCCCUGAUCUGGAUGACUGGGAUGAUAAAAGAUACAGAUUUGAAGGAACAUCUCCAAGGUACUUUGCCCUCAAUGAAAAUUCUGGUUUCCUGAGCAUUGUUGAAGGUGCUCCCUCAGGAGUGUAUAACUUCCAGGUCAAAGUUGCAGAUGGCAUCUGGCCAGAUGUAAUUUCAACAAUAAAGGUAGUUGUCAAAGAUUUGGAGGAAGAUGCCAUAUAUAAUGCUGGCUCCCUUAGACUGACUGAUAUCACAGCAGAAGAGUUUAUCUCCCAUUCAUUUGCUGAAGAAAGCAAGUACACCAAGCUAAAGCGGGUUUUAGCAGAAAUUAUUCCAGCACAGUUGGAAAACAUUCAUAUUUUCAGCGUUACGAAUGUCAAUGGUCGAGUUAGAGAGGUGGAUGUCUGGUGUGUGGCACAAGGGUCUCCAUUCUACAAGGCUGAGAAAAUUAACGGUAACGUGGCAGCUUCCAAAACCAUGCUGGAAGUUAUCUUAAAUGUAAGCAUAUCCCAGAUUGCUGUGGAUGCAUGUGUGAAUGCAGACUGUGGGAUGGCUACUGGCUGCACAAGUAGCACCAAUUUUAGCCCAGUUCCAACAUUGCUGAACGCUGGAAAUGUUUCCUUAGUUUCCAUAACAACAUCUACUACUGCUCAGUGUAUCUGUGAAGCUCGGGAAAGACGGCGUUUAUCUUGUUCCUCAUAUCCAGUUAAUCCAUGUCUGAAUGGUGGCACUUGUGUUGAUACUGAUUUAGGCUUCAGGUGUGAGUGUAUUCCAAUGUUUGACGGGCCAGAAUGUCAGCAGACAAGGUACACAUUUAAAGGUCAUGGUUAUGCCUGGUUUCCUCCCAUCAAGCCUUGUUUUAAGAGUCUAAUUUCUCUAGAGUUUCUCACUGAAGCUGCCAAUGGGCUUAUGCUGUAUGAUGGACCACUCAGUCAAGUGCAUUCUGGAGAGCUGGAAGACUUCAUCGCAUUAGAGCUCAGGGAUGGAGUUCCUUCACUCAACAUUAGCCAUGGUUCAGGAUCACUCCAUCUCCAACUCCCGCCUGAUAUCUUGGUUGUAGAUCGGCAUUGGCACAGGCUCGACAUAAUGAGUGAUGGAAAGAAAGUGAAAAUGAUCCUUGACCAUUGCACUGGUGCUGCUGUGAAUGAGGAUGAAGGCACUGGCAGAGGGUUGUCAGGAAUGGACCGCAAAGUCUGUGAAAUUUCAGGGGAAACCCCUGGAGAAGCAAGGUUUCUAAAUGUUUACCAACCCCUUCAGCUGGGGGGAAUCAAGGACUCACUGCCAUAUCACAAUGGCCAACUGCAUUUCACAGGAUUCAUGGGCUGCAUAAGGAAUUUAAUUGUUGAUAGUAAGGUGUACGACUUGGCAAAUCCUGCAGAGUUCCUCAACAGUGCCCCAGGCUGCGCAGUGACUGAUGGGGUCUGCCACAGCGCUGGAACAUUCUCCUGUGGUUUUCAUGGAAAGUGUUUAGGAGAAUGGGGUUCUUUCAGCUGUGACUGCAAACCAGGCUAUACUGGAUACAAGUGUGACAAAGCUCUGCCUGAAUGGUCCUUUGAAAAGGACAGUCUGAUUCAGUACCAGCAGAAAGGCGCUCUUAGCGCUCGCAGGACACAAGUGCAGCUGAUGCUCCGUACCCGGAAUCCCAACUGUUCUCUCUUCAGUCUAGCAUCCAAGGACACCAGCGAAUACAUUAUACUGGAGAUCAUUGGUGGAUAUUUUGGGAUCCGUGUCAACCUUGGUGAUUCGGAACAUUCAUUGAAACUGCGCACAAUGCGUGUGGACAAUGGCCAGUGGUCUCUCCUAAACAUGGAUCGGCAUGACAAUGAGUUUACACUGCGCCUCAACAAUGGAGGAGGAGCCCAUGAGGUGACAUCUUCCCUUGGCACCCACAGAGAAAUACUAAUCGAUCCUUCAAGUCUGCUGCUAGGAAAAAGCCUUCCUGAGAGUCCACUAAGUGCUUUCCAAGGCUGCAUGCGUGAUGUUCGAUUAAAUGGUCAUCUCUUGCCAAUGGAUGGAAAGAAUACAAUGUUAACUGCUACCCUGGAACGAAGGAGUAUAACAGUUGGCUGCCACUCAGAUGCUUGUAGCAGCAGGCCCUGUUCUAUCCCAUUUUAUUGUGUAGAUUUAUGGAGAAAACAUGAGUGCAGGUGUCCAACUGGUCAGGUGUCAGUGAUUAAUAAUCAAACAGGUCUUGAGCACUGUGCAAUGUCACCAUGUGGAGUGUGGAUGUGUCGAAAUGGGGGCACGUGUAUUGCACAAACGAUGGACGUGUUUGCCUGCCAUUGUGUAGAAGGUUACAAAGGACAGCAGUGUGAGAUCAGCAUGGCGACUUCAGGAAUUCGAGUGGGGCUGAACAUCAACUCCAUCCUGGCCAUCAGCAUGUGUCUCCUCCUCUUAUUAGUUCUGGUGGUUUCCUUCAGUGUAUGGGGCCUGUGUGGAAAAACCAAGUUCCAGAAAGGAGGAGUUUACCACAUACCCGUCGAGCAUGAGAGCUGGGAGGAUGUGCGGGAAAACAUCCUUAAUUAUGAUGAAGAAGGGGGUGGAGAAGAAGACCAGAAUGGCUAUGACAUCAGUGAACUGAAGAAACCCCUGCGUGCAAGUCAGUCCCAGUCUUCAUCAACAACAACUGCUCCACUGGUAAAGGCAUCUCCUGAUUCACAAGAAGAGAAGCUGGUCAACCUGAAAAUUCACCCAAACGUGACCUUUUCUGAAACUAUUCAAUCCAAUACCCUGGACUUCAAAACCUAUGUGGCCCGCAUUAUUUGGGAUGCAGACAAUGACCUGAGAGCAAUUCCUGAGGACACAGUGCAUGUUUACUGCUUCGAAGGGCGAGGGUCACUGGCAGGAAGCCUCAGCUCUGUGGACACAGCCAAUGUAGAUGAGGACUUGAAUUAUGACCUCAGAGACUGGGGCUCAAAGUUUGACAAAUUGAAAGAAUUCUGUGCCCAGAAACAGGACAAUGGUGUGUAA